UGAGUCGUGGAAGCGGAAGCUCAAAGUUCGGUAAACAAGUGACAACGUCUCAUGCAAGUGGAUCACGAAUUGAAAGUAACUUUUUUUGGAUGUUAUCACCUUUUUACAUCAUAAGUUACCAUGUUCAUCACGACUCUAUUCAUCACAUUUCGCCCAAAAACGAGCAGUUGGGAGUUCAAGUUUGAAAAGGAACAAUUCAGAUUUUAGCCUUCUUUUACGCUAUCCGCCUUUUAUAACAUCCUUUGAUGCUUUGGAACACUUUUAUGUACUUAUUUCAUAUUUUGAGACUUUUGAAUACUGCACUGGCUCAAUUGAGAAAUUCACCUUUAAGAUCUCACAAUUCGCAUAAGACAAGUCAGGUUGAUAGCUGAAAAAUCGUACAGAUUUGAAUUGUAUUGACUGCCUUUAAGCUCGGAAAAAGAAAAUGACUACUGAUUUACCCAGUUCCAACAGGAUGGAUUCCUUCAUCUCUGGUAAUAAAAGUGAAAAUGACCUUCAGAAUAGUUCUCAAAAAGUGGAGGAAAUAAAAAAGGAGCAGGUCAAUGAAAGGAACUCAGAUGAAACUGAUUUUAGGGUUACCGUGCUAUAUCCAGGCUACUCAAAAUCAGUUAAAGAUGGAAUGAUAGCUAACUGCUCUUGCACUCUAAUUACUGGUUGUGUGAAUGUCAUAGUCGACACCAUGACUCCAUGGGAUCAAGAGAAAAUUAUCAGAGGCUUGGAGCUCCAUGGUUUGCAAUGCAAGGAUAUCAACUAUGUUGUUUGCACACACGGCCACUCUGAUCACAUCGGAAACAACAAUCUGUUUCUCAAUGCAACUCAAAUCGUUGGAUUUUGCAUAUCUCACAAAGACUUCUACUUCACCCAUGACUUCGAGAAAGGUGAUGUCUAUAAGUUAAAUGAACGAAUCCAAGUCAUCCCAACUCCAGGACAUACACUAAGUGAUGUGUCAGUUAUCGUCAAAACAAAAGAUAAAGGUGUCAUCGCUAUCGUUGGUGAUCUCUUCGAGAAUGAGUUUGACCUGAAUGAUGAAUCCAUAUGGCUAGACGCAGGCAGUGAAAAUGCUGACUUACAAAGAGAGAAUAGGAAGAAAAUUUUGGAGAUGGCUGACUACAUAAUUCCUGGGCAUGGAAGUAUGUUCAAAAAUCCAAGAAGCUCCAUAAAUACUUAAUAUAAAGACAUAGAACUGUCGAAAAGUCGGAUGAUUUGGAAAGCUACCAGGAAUUCAAACGAAAAGUCACAAAAUGAAGCACCCUGGUGAUAUUGUUUUCUUGCAAAGGUGCUCUCGGGAAGAAAAAUCUAGGAAAGAUGAGUGAACGUUUAUUACUGUUCCUUGAACCAAUUGAAGAAAAGCAAAAGCCUAUCUGGUUUAUUUUGAAGUAAAGCCACUCCAAAACACUCAAUGGAAGCUUUAUAGAAGCUUCUCAGAAGAAUACUAUUACUAGUAGAAUUUGCUGGACUCCAAACACACCGUUAGAGCAAUAACAAAUUUUGCGAAUGGACGGAAACAGUACAUUUCAUCUCCCUGUGCAAAAAUAAUUGAGAAGCUAGCCCAUCAUUAUUCUAAACCAAACACUGUACGUAAUAGUAUUUUAUUUUUAUUUUAACUUUUCCAAACAUUGAUCAUGGAAAUUUCAGCGAUUAUUAAUUACAAUAUUUAACAUUUCCUGAAUUUUUCAAGUAUUUUCUGGUAGCCUUGAGGAUGCCGGCCACCUCCGCUCAUAAUGUAAAAAUAUACGUAAAAAAUACGGAAAUAAACAAGUACAGCAUAAAGAUUCUCCCCAUCAUUUUAUCAACAUUAUUAUAUUCUGAACAUGCAUUUUGUCAAUAUCUCACGGACUAAGUAAAUUGUGUAGAAAAGAUAUUACGAAAUUUCCGCUGAACUCAGUCCAUGCAUCAAAACGAUGAAAAGAUGAACUUCUCAUGCAGCUAUGAAAUUGCAAAAUCUAUGUUAUCUUUUACUUCUUGAACAGAAGUUUCUACUCAUAUAGAGAUCUGUCAUUUUCCAUCUCUAUGUAUGUGAAAAAUAUUCUAUAAAAAUUUAAAGUGCCCAAGUUGACCGAAGACGAGAGAAAUAGGAUUAGAGUUUGAAAUGCUGUAGUUAAAGUACAUACUUUCUAAGCUUUAGAUGCAUUCUAGUAUUACGUCAUGCCUUUAAAAGGGCAGAGGGUCUGAGUGUGCAUUUCAAGUAGGAGAGGAGGGUUACUGGUUAGCAUUAGGUACAUGGUAGUUCACCAAGACUCUCCUUAUGUCUAAAAGUGAAUUUAAAAAAAAAAAAAAAAAAAAGAGGGUCGUUCACCAGCCACUGAUGUCACAGACCCCCAUUCACGAGCUGACCGUGAUGGCGGUGUGAUCAUUUCUUCUUGUGAUUUUGCUUUAUAUUGUUGUGUGUACAUAUCAAGUUUUUACAAUAAUAUACGCUUUUCUAUAAA